AUGGGCUUCAUCUUGGAUGUGCUCGGUGGUGUAUUCACCGUCUUUUUUCUCGUCAUCACCAUCUCCGUGUCCCUGCUGAUAUCGCAGCCGCUCACAGGCGCACUCGUGCGUUUGCGAGCCAACUAUUUGCCCAAAGCCCUAUCGCUCGACUCUGUGUUGGAGGAUGGCAGCACAAAUUUGGGUAGCGGUGCAAAUCCACGCGCCAUCUCUGCCUACUUCCUGAGAGAUGCCAGGGCAGCCGCAAAGAUUGGACCGGUGGUAAAUGGCGUGUGGGGGAUGCUGCAAAGAACGUAUAGAUUGGAAGGCUGGAGCGGCAUAUACAGAGGCUCUGCACCCGUCGCUAUUCAGCUCAUGUCGCUCGGCUUUAUUGCCGGCGUCAUCUUCAACACUGGCGCCAUCUCAGCUUCUGGUGGGGCGUAUAGGAGUGCGCCAGCGAGCCCCGACAAGUUUGGCUUCUGGGGCAACCUCUUCUUCAUGGCUCUCGUCGCCAUAGUCACCCUUCCCAUGAGCGUCAUUACGACUCGGUAAGUAGCAUCGAAGCACUAGCAAAGUGCACAAUGACUUGAGCUGAUUCAAAACUUGUGGAUGCUUUCUCAGGACAAUCGUGCAUCCUCGCGCUCUGUCAAUGACGACACCCAUGCGGAAUCUCAGGGAGCUGCUCUCCCCCUCAGAGUACGCCCAGCCUUGGCGUCUGUUCCAAGUGCCUGGACUACUUGCGGCGACCUUGCUGCAUGUGUCCUGGGUCGGCUUGGCCACUCGCCUGGUCCGAUACUUGACAGUCCCAGCCUUAGGAGGUCUUCCACCUGUCAAACCCGCGGCACCAGAUGACCAAUACUUUUCAGGACCGACAGACGAAUCCCUGAAAGUCGGUGCGUUGGGGCUGGCAAUCUUCUUGGCAUGGAACGUCGCAUCGACUUUGAUCCUCAGUCCAGUGGAGAUCGUUAUAGUUCGCUUGGCGGUCCAGAGACCAGAAAGCCAGCAACCUUUGCACAUGGCUUUUGCGCCUCGCGCAAACGGAAACGCGCCCAACUCCUUCAGUCAUCACAAUGCCAGUCAAAGAAGCGACAAUUACAGAGAUGGAAGCAAUGCGCCGGACAAACCUCUGCCACAGCAGCCCAGCGAUGCAGCUGAGCCCGCUCCCCGACCCAGCUUUGCGAUUGAAGACGAGGAGGAAGAUGAAGGCGGAUUGGAGGCGCCUCGUUCGAAUGGUUCGGGGCACGCAUACAGGGAUACGGAAGAUGAGCCUGCCAAGCCAUCAAAGGCCAACCACGAGUCGGCUAGACCAGCGUCCGUUGCAGGCGCCGCGUUCGCGAGAGAACAAGCGCCCUUUCUUCCGACGUCCAAUGACCACUUGUCCCAGCAGCGAGAACCUAUCAUAGCACUCAGACCUUGCGAUCAGCCAUUGACUGCUAGCGCUGCCCAAGAAGCGGCCGAACAAGGUUUCGGAGCACCAGUGGUUGAGAGGUACGAGGGCUUCGUUGACUGUCUCAACAAAUUGGUCGAUGAAGAAGGCGUCGAGGUGAGUGACUUCGGUUUCUCACUCUACUGAUUCCAGCGAUGUUCUUGCUGACGGGUCUUGCCGGGCAUCUUCCAAUACCUGCAGGCCCUGUACAGGGGAGCGAUCAUCACGCUUCUGGGAACAUUGGUGGGAUCGUUCGGUGGGUAA